AUGGCGGCGGUGGCGAUUGCCACACUGUUGGAGCUGCUCUCGUGCUGCUGCUGCAAUCAGGUGAUGAAGCAAGAGGAAGUGAGAGAUGGGCCAGAAAGGGAAUUGAGAUUGAGUACCUCUGACGAGCCACAGGAGGGCAGCACCACCAGGGGUAAAGUUGUCUUCUUUGUGUCGACCCUUCUGCCUUUCUUCGUGGAUGUAGUGUCAGAUGUGAAUGGGGUCAUUCAGUACAUCCUCACCGGCAACUUCUUCUUUGCUUUGGCAUCAGUUGGCAUUUUCUUGAUGUCCCUUCGGCAGCAGAUCAGGCGUGGAGCUGCCAAAGGAUUCCUGACCGCUUCCAUGGAAUCGAUGCAUCGAGGCGAGGCCACGGACGACUUGGAGCUUCUGAUGCUUUCGGAGUUGUCUGUAGAGGCACCAUUGCAGCUCUUGCUUCAACUUUAUGCGUUCCCUUUUCUCAAGUCCAGUGAGUUCGCAGUGAUCUCUUUCCUGCUCUCCAUUUUCUUGAGCCUCACCUCGGUCGCUGGUGCGGCCUACACACUUGUAGAACUGGAUUUAAUCUCGACGAUUUUGGUGAGAGAAUACCAGGCUUUGUCCUGA